AUGACCUACCAUUCCAGUCCCCAUUUGCAAUUUAUCAACACGGUGCCUAUCGGAACCGGUGCCUUUACGCAAUUCACUAGGCUUCCCCUCGAGCUUCGCUCCGUUAUAUGGGAGCAAUCACUCUAUCAUGAGCGUCUGAUCCGGGUGGAACUCUGGCCGGGGAUUUCUCCCGAACACUUGUACGAGGAUCAAGAGCGAACUCUGGGCAGUCCUCUGAUAGAAGGGGCUUUCUAUUUCCACCCGGAGCUAGACAUCUUGGAUAUAUCCGGCCAAAAGUUCUUUGCUGGGUUCUUGCAUGUGCUCUGGGCCCACGAUCCUCGGCGUGUUGGACUCGUCAACCUUGGGUUGGCUAAGAGCGGACCCAGGGGGCACUAUGACAAGCUUUUUCAACAAAAAGAGGAUGAAGAUCUUCUACGUCAAGCUCUGUCAAGACUACAGUGUGCUAUUUUUGGAUAUGACGGACAACUUGGACGUGGGAUUCCAGACAUCUCGACUACCUGCGGAAGCUUCAAGAAGAGCCAGAUACUUCGCUCCCGACCCCUUCAGGCCGCCGUCUCAAAGUUUCAGCGGCAGCCACGAGAUCCCAGAUCAAUAGAAACAGAGUUGAAGAAGGUUUUUAUGGGCUUCGGAGAUCCACGAGACCAAAUUUACCGCUGGUUUAGGCUUCUUGAGAAGUGGCAGAUUGAGUACCACAAUUACUCGGUUGAGUAUCGCUUUAUGAUUACUUUAGAUAGCAGGCGGGUGGAAAACCGAGAGGAGGCAUAUCUGGCGCUCUGGGAGGAGGAGAAGUAUUGGCAAAGAUGGCGGAAGACAUGUGCGGAGGAGGGGACAGCCUGCGAGGACGAUGACCAGGCACUUCCUUCGGCCUAUGGGUUCUGGCUCUUCCCCAUAGAUGCAUUUGGGCCUAUUCCAAGUGCCAGCCAGCAUAUCCGCAAGACCGGCAGGGUCAGAAGAAGAGAUUGGCCUCGAGUUUGGGAUCUUUUCAAGGCAUGGGAUCUGUCGGAGCACAACCCUGAACUCUGCAUGCAAUAUCUCUCCGAGGCACAAUCAUUAUCCGAAGUUGCUGUGCUGCCUACAGGUCUCGAGGACGAGGGGCCUCUGCUUUCUCGCCCCAAACUCCCUAAACUCCCCAAACGCCCUGCUAAAAAGGAAUGGCGGGCAUGUCGUCUAAGAAUGAGUAGACGCGGAGGAUACUCGAUUCGAAGCUAG